ACAACUCUUCUAUCUCUCUAAUAAUUCCUACCUUUGCCCAUAACUCCAUUAUCAAUUGAUGACUGUUUCUACUACCACUCAGCAUUGGAACGGCUCCAUGCCAAUGGUACCAAAGUUCGAUCACCUUGUACUAUACACUGGCAAUGUCAUGAAGACAAGUAUAGCCGGGAAGAAUAAUUCUCUUAGCACCAAGUCCAACCUUGAACUUGUAGCUGCUAUCAAUGAUACCCUCAGGACAUCUUUUCAUGUGUCUGAUCAACCAUCUUUUCACUAUCAUGAAGACAGUGGACUUUUGGAAGUUCCCGAUUUGCGAUUAAGCAGCAUUGUUCCUGUAGAAGACAGGAAGGAUGUUGAAAUCACCGCAAAAUUGUUCAUCCUUGGCUCCGACCCUUCGCAAGCCGCCGUCACUCAAUCUCUCAACCAUCUUCACCGACUCCUUGGCGUAUCGACUAUCGAGAACUUUAUCCUUUCGGCUACCAACGACGAUGUUUUGCCUGCCUGGCGAAGUCUGCAAGAAUUGCAUAGAAAUAAAGUCGUUGAACGGUUAGGCGUAACUGACUUCAGCCAGUCUGACUUAAAGUCAUUCUCACAGAAAGUUCAAGUUCAACCCGCUGUGAAUCAGAUCGAUCUUGCUGAAUGCUGCCAGCUUCCCAGAGAUUUGAUUACUUACGCAAAGGCCAACAAUAUAGAAUUAUUAGCACAUAGUGAUUAUUCCGACAUCCUGCCUAAGGAGACCCUUAACAAAAUAAUGAAGGCUCAAAACCUAGUGGGUGAAAAUGCCACAUUACACCCUCGCUGGGUUCUUAAAUACACUGUAUUUGUCAAGUGCCGUGGUGUCGUAGCAGACAAAGGAUAUAUUGUCAUGGCGGAUGCAUAGAUUUCCUUCAUGAGCACGUGCUUAGAUCACAGGCCAAGUCAAUCGAUACAAUAGGCUGUUGAAGGAUGCUAAAUGCCGUUCGUCCUCUCGAUUUACCUUAUCGACUCGUUUUUUACUAAUUCCUCGCUGGAUCUCAUUUCUGCUAUCACCUCCCUCCAAACUUACGCCUUACAUUCCAGAGUAGCCCGCCUGGGUCACACACUGUAUAAUAAACUUGCAUCUACUUCUGUUCAUCCGGUUUUGUCACACCCAUGGAGUUCAUUGUACCACCAACAGUGGUCAUAGGGUUCCAUUAUGAACAACGCACCGUGCCUGCCUGCCCAAGAUUUUGUAGUGUUGUUUUCCGAGUUUUAGCUACGUACUGAAAAAGCCAUUCGCGGCUGUAUGUAUCUGAUCUUACUGUGGUCAUGAGUGU